AUGGCCACGCUUCACACACGACCAGAGCACUCCUUCGACCUGGAUAACGAGUACCAGGCCCACCAUCAACUUGAUACCGACCAUUCUGGUAGACAAGUCGCACGAAGCAACAUUACUACGAUGUCUUACUUGGACGCAAACUCCCCAACCCCCAUCACGAAAGUAAUCACCAACAAGACAACCGACGAAGCAACGAAAUCAGUCCACAUGUUCGCCCUCGAGAUCGCCCUCCUGCAAUACCCAAUCGCCCACGCCAAGAUCGAUUCCAACUCCAAGAACAGGCUGAUGACCAUCAUAAAUGUCCGCCGAUCUCAAGCCAUGAGCCAAGACCCCGAUCUCUUCACCAAAGUGCUCGACGAGAAAAGGAGUGAAUGGAGCGUACAUUGGAAUACUUGGAGUCCGUGGGCUGUCCACCCUUCGUUUCCAGGCUCUGCAAACGAGGAAGAAGACAAAGAGAUUAAGAGGGCGAAGGCCGCUGCUAUCACACGCUUUGUCACUGAGAUUAUCAUCCUGGAGUUUUAUUGCGUGAACGCCGGACUUGGAGACGAGGCGAUCAAAGCUGUUAUUCGGACUGUUGAUCGCUGCUAUUUUCUUGCGAAGAGCAUAGACGCCGCCUGGCACGAAGACAUCCUGAGAAGGAAGAGGAAAGAGUGGAUGAGCCAUUGGCUGGAGUGGGCGUCUUUUGACGAGCUGGGGAGGUUGGAGUAUGGACCGGUACAUGGUACAGAGGGCGGUACAGAGGACACUCCAGCGAACUUGAUGUUCGGGAAGACGGUGAUGUUAAUUAGGACAGAUGAUGGACAGGAUGUGCUCUUGGAUGCGGAACUAUUGGCGGAGCAUGUGAGGGCAGAUUACGAGGGGUUGAGGAUGGCUAUACUUGGUGGGUGGUGA